AUGUUCAAUUCCACCCAACAUCGCGGCAAUCCCAAUUUGGGACCCGCUCCUCCCGGGCAGCCGAACCACCGUCUCAACGAGAUCAUGGACUCCCUGCGAGCCGAAUUUGAAAAUCAAAGUCGCGCCUCCGAACAGGUCGAAAAUCAAGUGGCCCAACAGAUCCAGGAGAUGGAGUUGAUCCGCAACAAGGUCUACCAGCUCGAACAGAACCAGCUGAAGAUGAAACAAGAUUAUGAGGCUGAAAUCCGAAUGCUUCGUCAUGAACUGGAGUUGCGCGGAGGGCCACAGGUACAAUCCCACCUCACCGGCCCUCCACAACAUGGUGGUCCUGCGCAGCAGGCACCUCCGUCCUUAGGACAUGGCCAAGGUGGUCUAUUUAGUGGAAUCAUGGCGAACCAAGGUCAGGGCGGGCCAGGACUUGCACCUCCUCCAGAGCAGCCUCCCCAGCAGCAGCAGCACCCUCUACAGCCUCCUCCGCCCGCGGGACAGCCUCAAGGCCCACCUCAACCGCCCAACUCCUUUCCUGGGUAUCAGCAAGGCCCUACCUUGAACGGUUACGCGCCACAGCCACAGCCUCCCACGAACUCACCCGGACUAGGCAAGAAUCGAACGAUGACGGCAAGAGGCGGCCCCGGACCGGCUACACCUCAGCAGCAUCCCAACCAGCCCCAGCCAAUGCCGUAUCAGAAUGAUCCCAGGGCCUCGCCCCAGAUUCCUCGCCCAACGCCCCCAGGAAGUGAUAUGCAACUGCCACCUCGCCACCAGAUGCCUGGUCAAGGGCAGUAUCCCAACGUGGGCAACGUCCUGGCCGACCUCAAUCCCGAUGAUCUCCCAGACCACUUGAAGCGAAUGGGGCCCAAUGGCGAAUGGCAUGCGGUGUUCAACCCCAACGUCCCCCGGGUUCUCGAUAUUCAGCUACUGCAUAACCUUGUUCAUGAAUCCGUGGUUUGCUGUGUCCGUUUCUCCAACGAUGGGAAGUACGUUGCCACCGGCUGCAACCGUAGCGCGCAGAUCUUUGAUGCGCGGGAUGGGCGCAAGGUGUGCGAGUUGUUGGAUGAGAGCGUCCAGGACAAGGAUGGAGAUCUAUACAUCCGUUCAGUGUGCUUCUCGCCCGAUGGCAAGCUGUUGGCCACCGGUGCGGAGGACAAGAGGAUUCGCGUGUGGGAUAUUGAAAGCAAGCGCAUUCGCACCACGUUUGACGGCCACGAGCAAGACAUCUACUCGUUGGACUUCUCUCGCACCGGCCGAUUGAUAGCUUCGGGGUCCGGUGACAAGACCGUGCGUCUGUGGGACAUAGAGUCGAACCAGCAGGUUAUGGUUUUGUCCAUUGAAGAUGGCGUCACCACCGUGGCCAUGUCACCCGAUGGGCGGCACGUUGCUGCCGGGUCGUUGGAUAAGAGUGUGCGUGUGUGGGAUUGCUCGAGCGGAUAUCUCAUCGAUCGCCUGGAAGGACCCCAAGGCCACAAGGACAGCGUGUAUUCUGUUGCAUUCUCGCCCAGUGGACGAGAGCUUGUCAGCGGUAGCUUGGACAAGACUAUCAAGAUGUGGGAGCUUACACCCCAACGCGGUCUCAUUCCGACAAGUGCCACCAAGGAUGGUAAAUGCAUUCGCACUUUCGAAGGUCACAAGGAUUAUGUGCUCUCGGUCUGCCUUACUCCUGGCGGUGAAUGGGUCAUGUCUGGGUCGAAAGAUCGUGGCGUACAGUUCUGGGAUCCGAACACCGGCAAUGCCCAGAUGAUGCUCCAGGGUCACAAGAACUCUGUCAUCUCGGUGGCACCGUGCCCGACCGGUCACCUGUUUGCCACUGGUUCCGGAGACAUGAAGGCCCGCAUCUGGCAAUACACUACCUGGCGAGGUGCGCACCAAGGCAUUUAG